AAGCCACCUCGCCUACGUGGCUUGUAUCCUCCUCCCCCAACUGCCGCAAACUAACUCAAGCUCACCACUCUGCUUCCCAAAUGGAAUCUCUUUCCUUCUGCCUCAUGUAAAUUAAUCCGAUAAACGUCUCCUUCUCUUUCAAAUUCGUCCUCAACCUGACAUAAUCGGGAGUCAAAUCGAAAUUGAGGGCCCCGUAUGAUGAUGAAUCCGUAUUUUGCAGCGACAGGAGAGUACAGCGGCGGAGGCGGCGAUCGACCGCCGAGGGGGAUGGUGCCGCAGCCGAUGGAGGGUCUGAACGAGAUGGGGCCGCCGCCAUUUCUGACGAAGACGUUCGAGAUGGUGGAGGAUCCGGGCACGGACCACAUCGUAUCGUGGAACAGGGGAGGCACAAGCUUCGUCGUCUGGGAUCCGCAUUCUUUCUCCACGAAUCUGCUCCCUAGAUACUUCAAACACAACAAUUUCUCAAGCUUCGUAAGGCAGCUCAACACCUAUGGAUUCAGGAAGAUAGAUCCAGACAGAUGGGAGUUCGCCAACGAGGCGUUCUUGGUGGGUCAGAGGCAGCUUCUGAAGAACAUAAAGAGGAGAAAAACGCCGCCAUCGUCGUCUCCAUCGCUUCUGAUGGGAGAGCAGCAGGAACCCUGCAUCGAGGUGGGGGGGUUUGGAGCGACAGAGGGACGGGAGAUGCAGCGGCUCCAGCGAGACAGGCACGUCCUGAUAGCGGAGGUGGUGAAGCUGAGGCAGCAGCAGCAGAGGACCAGAGCGUACCUGCAAGCCAUGGAGGAGAGGCUUCAGGGGGCGGAGAAGAAACAGAGGCAGAUGAUGUCGUUCUUGGCGCGUGCCAUGCAGAACCCUUCCUUCUUAAAUCAGCUGUUGCAACAGAGGGACAAGAGGAGAGAGCUGGAGGAGGCGGCCUGUAAGAAGCGGAGGAGGCCGAUAGAGCAGGGGCAUUCGGUGAAAGCAGAGCCAUUGGAAGUGUCGGAGCUGGAGGCGCUUGCUCUUGAGAUGCAGGGCUUCGGUCGGAGGCAUGACAGGGAGCUCGACCAUGGUUUCUGGGAAGAGCUUCUUAGCAACGAGAGGUUCGAGGGGGAGCUCCAGAUUCCAGGAGGCGACGAUGAUGAAGAUGAAGAGCACGUCAACGUUUUGGCUGAUAGGUUUGGGUAUUUGGGAUCCAGCCCCAAGUGACCGUCUCUCUGUCUGUACCAUAACUCUCUCACAUUUCCUUUUACUCGAGAUUUUGUCAUUCCCCCCCUGUGGUAUAUUAAUUGAUUUUCACGUUUUUCUAAGUCUCUCUAGUUCCCCGGCGGUUUGCUUUCAGCCAACGGUAGAAAAUAAAAGCGUAUUCUUCGGGGUCUUUGUAUAAAUUACUUUUUCUGAUAUUUCAUAAUGUAAGCGGAUACUAAAAUUAAA